CGACCUGACGUCACAGACCGAGGGCUGGACACAACUUCAGUCCGCUUUGCCACUCUGUAACCGGGGGAGAUGGCGCGUGCCCUUCCUUGAGAAACAUAAACGGUAUGUAGGCAAUGAUUGGCGUGUGACACCGAAAUGUACACGUCUGACUGGCAGUGCAUGUGUUUAAUGCUCUAAACGAAUUGUAGAGGCAUCUGCAACCAGUUGACAAUCCGCCAAAAUUACCACCCCAAACGGAGCUGUAUUUUUGGUGGUCUGCAGUAGCCUACCCUAUAGCUGAUUCUGCACGAUCACCGAGGAGGGGAGGGGGGAGCACAGGGUUGGGUUUAGGACCGCGUAGCCUCUGCCUCUCCGUUUGUCCAGUACCGGGACGGUAAGGGGAAAGCCCGGGCACUCCUGGGCCAUGGCAGCGGGAGGAGGAUGCGGGGAGUCGGUGGACCAGUACAGGGCCGAGGUGGAACGCCUCACUCGGGAGCUCGCCGAGGCGAACCGGGAGAAGAUCCGAGCGGCAGAAUGCGGUCUGGUAGUGCUGGAGGAGAAUCAGACGCUGAAGCAGCAGUACGCGGACCUGGAAUCCGAGCAGGAGACGCUGAAGAGGGAGCUGGAGCAGUUGCAGGAGGCGUUUGGCCAGGCCUACUCCCAGCAGCGCAAGGUGGCGGAGGACGGGGAGAGCAACGAGGAGACGCUGCUGCAGGAGUCGGCCAGUAAGGAGGCGUACUACAUGGGCCGGCUUCUGGAGCUGCAGACCGAGCUGAAGAACAACCGCUCGGUGGCUUCCAACGCCCAGGCCGAGAGCGAGAGGCUCAACAUGCUCGUGCAGGAGCUCAGAGAGAGUAAUGAGGUGUUGGACCUUCAGAGGGGUCGGAUGCGGGAGGAGAUUAGAGAGUACAAGUUCAGAGAGACGCGCCUCCUCCAGGAUUACACAGAGCUGGAGGAGGAGAACAUCACCCUACAGAAACUAGUGUCCACACUUAAACAGAACCAGGUGGAGUAUGAGGGCCUGAAGCACGAGAUCAAGGUCCUUGAGGAGGAGACAGCGCUGCUCAAUAGCCAGCUGGAGGACGCGCUGCGUCUGAAGGACAUCUCGCAGGCGCAGCUGGAGGAGGCGCUGGACGCGCUCAAGAGCGAGCGCGAGCAGAAACACGGCCUCCGCAAGGAGCUGGCGCACCACCUGAGCCUGAGUGACAGCGUCUACGGCGCCGGGGCCCACCUGGCGCUCGCCGCCGUCGAUCAGCUCCGCUUCGCCAGCGAGACCGACGUCGUCACAGCCACCGGCACGCCCACGGCCAACGGGUCGGCCGGCCUGCACGGCCUCCCUGGGUCCACCCUGUCCAGCCCCGGCGUCGAGGACUUGGGGCGCUGCAACGGGCAUCACCUCGGCAACAAGGCGACGGCGAAUGGCACGGCGGAGUUUGGCGGGCACCGCGGCGGCACGGGGAGGAACGGGGUGGACCCUGCCGUGCUGCCCCCAGUGGCCGAUCUGUUCAGCGAGCUCAACCUCUCAGAGAUGCAGAAACUCAAACAACAGCUCAUUCAGGUGGAGCGUGAGAAGGCGUCUCUGCUGGUGACGUUGCAGGAGUCGCAGACACAGCUGCAGCACACGCAGGGCGCCCUGACCGAGCAGCACCGCCGCGUCCACCGGCUCAACGAGCGCAUCAGCGCCAUGCACCGUCUCUACGGCAACAAGCAGUUUGACGCCGAGGAGACCGAGAAGGACGCUGACCACAACACAGAGGACGCCACCGCCACCAACGGCUGCUUCAACAACCCGGACGACGUCGAGCUCCACGGCUUCGAGGUCCUGGAGGGUAAGUACCGAGUGGCGGUCACUGAGGUGAUCGACCUGAAGGCCGAGCUCAAGACGCUGAAGGAGAAGCACAACCAGGCGGUGGAGAGCCAAUCGGAAGAGAGGAGCCGCAGCGAGGGCAAGGUGCGCACGCUGACCGAGCAGAUGGGCAGGCUGGAACGCGAGUGCCUCGAGGCCCGAGAGCGCGUCGUGGCGCUGGAGGCCGACCUGCGCGGCCUGUCGGGCCUGGCCAGCGAGAGCCACAGCAUGAUGACAGCGGCGCAGGACGAGCUGGCCACCUUCAGCGAGGAGCUUGCGCAGCUUUACCACCACGUCUGCCUGUGCAACAACGAGACGCCCAACCGCGUCAUGCUGGACUACUAUCGGCAGAGCCGCGUCACACGCAGCGGCAGCCUCAAGGGGCCCGAAGACCCGCGCGCCCUGCUCUCCCCACGCCUGGCCCGCCGCCUGGCCGCCGGGUCCACCUCCUCCUCCGACCCCCCCAGGAGUCCCCAGGAUUCGCCCUCCAAAGAGCCCCCGCCAUCCUCGACGUCAGCGGGCAGCGGUGGCAGUGGGGGGGAGGGAGCCCAGGGCAGCCCCAGCCGCACCACCCAGGGCUCCGCAUCACCGGUCAACAUCAGUUUCUCCCCGUGCCUGUCGCCCACACCGGACAGCGGCUCCAGCGGCGGCGGUGGAGACCUGCGAAAAGAGCCUAUGAACAUCUACAACCUGAACGCCAUCAUCCGCGACCAGAUCAAGCACCUGCAGCGGGCCGUGGAUCGCUCCCUGCAGCUGUCCCGCCAGCGGGCCGCCGCCCGCGAGCUGGCCCCCGUGAUGGACAAGGACAAGGAGGCGUGCAUGGAGGAGCUGCUCAAGCUCAAGUCCCUCCUGAGCACCAAGAGAGAGCAGAUCGCCACACUGCGGCUGGUGCUCAAGGCCAACAAACAGACUGCAGAGGUAGCUCUGGCCAACCUGAAGAGCAAGUAUGAGAACGAGAAGUCCAUGGUGACGGAGACCAUGAUGAAGCUGCGCAACGAGCUGAAGGCUCUGAAGGAAGAUGCAGCCACCUUCUCCUCCCUCAGAGCCAUGUUUGCCACCAGGUGUGACGAGUACGUGACGCAGCUGGACGAGAUGCAGCGGCAGCUGGCGGCGGCGGAGGACGAGAAGAAGACGCUGAACUCGCUGCUGCGCAUGGCCAUCCAGCAGAAGCUGGCGCUCACGCAGCGCCUGGAGGACCUGGAGUUCGACCACGAGCAGACGCACCGCGGACGCCAGACGGCCAGCAAGCUGGCCAAGCUCAAGAGUAGCCCCCCCAAAGUAAGUGUCCGAGCCGCGUUCACAGCGCCCCCGAGCCCCACGGCCCCUCUGUCCCCCACGGUGGCCCGGCCUCCCCCACCCCCCACUCUCCUCACCCCGUCCAGCAUGUUCCCCGUGGCAGUCAACUCGCCGUCCUUGGAGGCUCCUCCCACCCCUUCCUCCUCAGCAGCUGCUACCUGGUCGUUGCUGGGUCAGCCGCCGUGCAUUGUGAGUAGUCAGACGCUGAUGGUGAGCGCCCAGGCGCUGAGCGUAGAGUUCCGUCGCCUAGCCCAGACCAGAGACCACAACCCCACAGCCUGCGCACGUUCCUCCUGCUCCGCCCCGACGUCGCCUUACCGCACCCCACUAGUCCUGUCACGGCAGUCUUCCCCGAGGAGUCGGCCCACUCCACGGCCUGCCGCGUCCCCUACAGCAGCACCCCAACCCUCCAGCAAUGACUACAUCCCCCACAAUCCACCUCUCUGAGCACAGAACUAUGGGAGAGUGGUGGGUAGGUGGCACACAGGGGCGGUGGCAUCAGCCUGGUUCUCCUGGGUGGCUGAUGGCCAUCAGACUGCUGUGAGACAGAGACUCCUGCUGCUCCUCAGGCACGUACAAACACACACACACACAGACACACAUGCACACACACACACACAAACACAGACAGAUAGACACACACACACAAACACAGACAGAUAGACACAAAUACACACACACACACAAACACAGACAGACAGACACACACACACACACACACACAGACUCCUGCUGCUCCUCAGGCCCUCGCUCUGGGUAGGGGCUCCUCAGGACUCCUGCAUGUUGACUCUCUCUCUCUCACACACACACACACACACACACACACACGCGCGCACAGACACACACAUACGUACACAGA